UAACUCACCACAAAACAAAGAAUUCAAAAAAAUGAAUCCCACAAAGUUUUUUGUACUUCUUUUGAUUGAAUUUGUGUGUGUACAUGUUGGUGUCGAAGGAGUAGUUUCUAAAGUAGCAAACUUAGACAUCUCAAACCACAAAACUUCUAAUGACAUUGGAGUUCAGCUUUCUGUUAUUGUCAAAACUACUGCAUCUGGUUCAGGUACUCCUCCUGGUACUAAAGCUGAUGCUACCGCAAGUCCUUGCGGUCCUAAAAGCCAUGUAGACGUAAGUGGCUCCGAGGGAAGUAGUGGAUUUGUCUCAGUGGAUAGUCCCAAUGCAUAUGGUGAUUCUAGAAGUAGUGCUUCUGGUGAAGGUAAUACCAAUGCUGUAGCAAGACCUGAUGGUGCCACUGCUAAUGGCAACGACAUGGCACGUAGUAAUAGCUUUGUCCACGGCAAGAUCUUCCCUUGAGCAUGACAUGAUCAUGCCCAUUGCCUCAACGAAGAACAUUACAAUCUCUUAUGUAUUGAUUUAGAAAACUAAAAGAUUGUCCCUUUUAUGUGUUAAAUAAAAUAAAUCCAAAAUUAUACAGUAAAACCUCUAUAAAAUAAUAAUGUUGGGACCA